AUGAUAUUUCGUCUAUACGUGUGUCUUCUGCUAACUAUAACAACUCUCGCUUGCUUUUUGAACUCAUGUCCUUAUCGUCGAUACGGACGUACUCUAACGUGUGGAAGCUGCGGUCCUCACGGUUCAGGUGCUUGCGUAUCUGAAAACAAGUGCUGUACAACAGAUAUCUGCUUCGAAAGCGAUCGCUGCAUGAGCAUGACCGUCUGUCCAACUUUUUACUGUAAAAUCUCUGGAAUACCAGGGCUUUGCCAGGACAGCUUUUGCUGUGUCGAAGGUAAAAUAAUAAACAAAAAGCUUCUUAACACUAUCAAGUCAACUUCAGACGAAUGUAUACUAAGUCAGAUGUGCUACUGA